ACAUCAGUGUGCAUAAAACAAUUAAAAUCGGUGCAAAUCUACAAUAAAUUCUUGAUCGAAGAGCAUUUAGUUGUGUUUACGUCACGUGAUGGCCUAUCGAAUUAUUAGGCAGACGAUGCCCUUGAUUGCGGGACUGCGUAAACGACAUUUCGCAUUUUUGUUCAUAGUGAACCAAGUGAGCUGUGUGAGUGCAGACAUGUCGACGCAACCCGGAGAUGCGAAGGUUCACACGAACGGCCUGCUACUUUACCAGAAUCUCUAUUCGUUUUACUCCCAAAAGGUGGUAAUGGCUUUGCACGAGAAGAAUUUGCACUUCGACAGUCACCUAAUAGACAUAGCAAAGGGUGAACAGUACAAACCGUGGUUUCUUCACAUAAAUCCCUUGGGGGAAGUACCCGUGUUGCAGGACACCGGAAAAAUUAUUCCUGAUUCCGGACGAAUUAUUGAUUACCUAGAGGAUAACUUUAGCAAUGGUGAUACUCCGAGAUUAAUACCAAUGAACAAGGGAUCAGAGGUGCGGCAGAAAGUGUCGUCGUUUAAAGUACUUCUGGAUUCUUUGCCCGCUAACGUUAUAACCAUGGGAACUUUGUUCCAUCCUGAGUUAGUUCAAAAUCCUAGAAUACCUUUUAUUGGUCCGGUACGAACGGCAUUAGCAAAUGCUGAGAAGAAUAGUAGUAGUAACUUAAGGAAGUACGCCCAAGAAAAUCCAGAUGCCAAAGAUAUGCUAUUGAAAAAAGCUGACGCUCAAGAUGAAAAACACAAGAUAAUAGUGGAUAAAAAUGAAUUCCUGAAACUUCUAGCGCAGGUUGACGAAGUAUUAACCAAGGUUGAGGAAGAACUUGCCACUCAUACUGGAGAUAAAUCCAACUGGUGGCUUUGUUCGGAUUCGUUUACUGUGGCAGACAUUAGUUUGACCAUACUUUUGGAACGUUUGAGCCAAAUAGGUUUGGAGAAUCGGUUCUGGGCCGAUGGCAAAAGGCCGAACGUUGCCAAUUACUAUGAGAGAGUGAAGGAAAGAGACUCUUAUAAAAAGACUAUACCUGGCACUUUCGUAUUCGUUAAAUUAAUAUUCUCGUCGCCUAUACUGAUCGGCGUUAGUGUUGCGACCCUUAUCGCUGUAAUCAUUGGAGGAGUAUUUAUUGUUAAAAAAUUUAUAUCUUAAUUGUUGUUGUUGUUGUGGUUUAAGUUUCGAUGCAUUUCUUAUAAAUCUCAAUAUUUUUGUAUAGAUACAUUAAACAUUUGAAUUUUA